GCGGCGGAGAAACAGGAGGAGAGAGGAGGAGAGGGAGUUGGAGGACGCGGCCACCUGCCCAGUGACUGCGGCUGAGCACAGACGGGCCGGGCUUCGGUGCGCGGGACCAGGACUCCCGCCUUCAAACGCGCGCUCCCGGGGCGCAGGGAGCGGGGCCGAGCCGGGAGCUCCGCCUCUCGGCGGCUGGAGGAUCGGAGAACCGAGGGACUUCCACGGUGAGCGUCCCCGGAGCGAAGCAACGUCCCCAAAAUUUGAGAUCCGGGACUGUCGUCGUGCGCGCCGCCCGCGAGUCGCUGCAGAGUCCCAGUGCCUCUGAAAUGCGCCAUUCCCAUUUUCAAGACUGCCAGUCUGGUCCUUUUGAUGUUCCAUGCUGCCUGGUGCCCGGGAGCCCAGGCCUUCUGUGACUCCAGGACAGGAAGGUACUUCUCCACACACUGCCCAGAACUCUGAAGGGGUGCAGACAUGGCGGGCAAUGCUGCGGACAGCGCCAACCACCUGACCUACUUUUUUGGCAACAUCACCCGGGAAGAGGCGGAAGACUACCUGGUCCAGGGAGGCAUGACGGAUGGGCUCUACCUGCUACGCCAGAGCCGCAAUUACCUGGGUGGUUUCGCUUUGUCGGUGGCUCACAACAGGAAGGCACACCACUACACCAUCGAGAGGGAACUUAAUGGCACCUACGCCAUCUCCGGGGGCAGGGCCCAUGCCAGCCCGGCAGACCUCUGCCAUUACCACUCCCAAGAACCUGAUGGCCUUGUCUGCCUCCUCAAGGAGCCUUUCAACCGACCCCCGGGGGUACAGCCCAAGACCGGACCCUUUGAGGACCUGAAGGAGAACCUCAUCAGGGAAUAUGUGAAACAGACCUGGAACCUUCAGGGCCAGGCUCUGGAGCAAGCCAUCAUCAGCCAGAAGCCCCAACUGGAGAAGCUGAUCGCCACCACGGCCCAUGAGAAGAUGCCCUGGUUCCAUGGCAACAUCUCCAGAGAUGAAUCAGAACAGACGGUCCUCAUAGGGUCAAAGACCAACGGAAAAUUCCUGAUCAGGGCCAGAGACAACAGUGGCUCCUAUGCUCUGUGCCUGCUACACGAAGGAAAGGUAUUGCACUAUCGCAUUGACAGGGACAAGACAGGGAAGCUCUCCAUCCCUGAGGGGAAGAAGUUCGACACCCUCUGGCAGCUAGUGGAACAUUACUCUUACAAGCCAGAUGGGCUGUUAAGAGUCCUCACGGUACCAUGUCAAAAGAUUGGCGCACAGAUGGGUCACACAGGAAGUCCAAAUACCCAUCCUGUGACUUGGUCACCGGGUGGAAUAAUCUCGAGGAUCAAAUCCUACUCCUUCCCAAAGCCUGGCCACAAAAAGCCUGCCCCACCCCAAGGGAGCCGUCCAGAGAGCACUGUGUCCUUCAACCCCUAUGAGCCAACAGGAGGGCCCUGGGGCCCAGACAGAGGCCUUCAGAGAGAAGCCCUGCCCAUGGACACGGAGGUGUAUGAGAGCCCUUAUGCUGACCCUGAAGAGAUCCGGCCCAAAGAGGUCUACCUGGACAGGAACCUGCUGACCCUGGAGGACAAUGAACUGGGCUCUGGUAACUUCGGGACUGUGAAAAAGGGAUACUACCAAAUGAAAAAAGUUGUGAAAACCGUGGCUGUGAAAAUCCUGAAGAACGAGGCCAAUGACCCGGCUCUGAAGGACGAGCUGCUGGCAGAGGCGAACGUCAUGCAGCAGUUGGACAACCCCUACAUUGUGCGCAUGAUUGGAAUCUGCGAGGCGGAGUCGUGGAUGCUGGUGAUGGAGAUGGCGGAGCUGGGGCCUCUCAACAAGUACCUGCAGCAGAACAGACACAUCAAGGAUAAGAACAUCAUAGAGCUGGUUCACCAGGUUUCCAUGGGGAUGAAGUAUUUGGAAGAGUGCAACUUCGUGCACAGAGAUCUGGCUGCGCGGAACGUGCUUCUGGUCACGCAGCACUAUGCCAAGAUCAGCGAUUUUGGUCUUUCCAAAGCCCUGCGUGCUGAUGAAAACUACUACAAGGCCCAGACCCACGGGAAGUGGCCCGUGAAGUGGUAUGCCCCCGAAUGCAUCAACUACUACAAGUUCUCCAGUAAGAGUGACGUCUGGAGCUUCGGAGUCCUGAUGUGGGAAGCGUUCUCCUAUGGGCAGAAGCCGUACAGAGGGAUGAAAGGGAGCGAAGUGACUGCCAUGCUGGAGAAAGGAGAGCGGAUGGGGUGCCCUGCAGGAUGCCCGAGAGAGAUGUACGACCUGAUGAACCUGUGCUGGACUUACGAUGUGGAGAACAGGCCAGGAUUCACAGCCGUGGAACUGCGGCUUCGCAAUUACUACUAUGACGUGGUUAACUAAUAGCUCCAGUGCCUGGCCGUGCACACCACGGAUUCCCAAGCGACCACAGGAAAUGCAUUCAGAUGAACUGGCUCUCAGAGUUUCAUCUCCCUCUGCCCAGAGUGAGAGCUAACGAAGCAAAGCUAGGACUCACCCUCCCAACAGGUCUGGUCCCCAGAGAUGGACAAGCAGCAAGACCUUGGGGCCUGUGGAGUCGUCUGUCUGGUCUUUGUUUCCAUCUGUGUGGUCUUCGCUAUGGGUCACGUUUGGGAGCCGUUUCCAAAUUCUCUUGACGUCAUUCCGUUCCUCUGGGUCCAGGAUUUUAGUGUCCCCUGAAGAUCAGUAAAGAAAAGUGCUUUGCCACUCCAGCAAAGGACAUAAAGAGAAACCUCACCGGUGCAGUCUGCAAGCCGGUUAAGGACAAUGACAAGCCUGGACACUGGUUUUGCUCUCAGCGCUAAGACAGAAAUACCAUGCGGAUGACAUGCUGAGACAUGCUGGCUUGGCUUCUACGUUCCUGGAGUCCACCUCCCUGCAGCAUGACUUGGAGUCUGCUGUUGUGUGCUUGCAGGAGGAGGUGUAAAUAACAUUCUACAUGGAGGCUGCCGGGGAAGGUGGGCUCCCAUGAUCCUCUGCGACUGAGCAGAGGAGUGCCAGGCGUGGGUCAGACUCUCCCCUCACAUGGCAUCCACAUUCAGGAAGCAAAGAAUGAACAGGAAGUGCGACCAGGCUAUAAGGCCCCAAACCCCACACCCAGUGACCCACUUCCUUUAGCAAGGCCCCCACGUCCCAAAGGUUCCACAGGCCUCUCAGACAGUGAAUGCCAACAGCGGGAGACCAAAUGUUCAAGUACACGAGGUGCAGUGCCAAGCAGGGGCCUUCCUGAAUGAUUACACAGUGUGAUAUCCUGACAGAGCAGGUGAGCCAUCUCAGGUCUGUCCUCCUCUUGUGAGCCCCUAAUAUCAUCCCAGAGCCCCCCUGGGGACCCCGACUCAUCUGGAUCAUCCCCUCCCCCCAAGGCCCUGUCUCCAAACACCUAGCUACUAAGUGAACCUAGGUACUAAGUCUUCAACACACAAACCCUGAGGGGACACAUUCAUACUGGAGCCUAUGGCAGCGAGGUAACCAAGACCAUCUCGGGAUGAGUUUCUGAAUGGAAUCUUCAUUUGCCACAAAAUUAGAGAUGUGACCUUCCCUACAAGGAAGCCUUGCUAAGUGUGACUUUGAGCUGAGGACACGCGAGCUGAGAAUCCCCCUCUGUCCUCCUAGCCUUGGCUAAGGCCUGGCUAACUACUGACCACACACCAAGUGUCACCCGUUCACGGCACUUUUGCUGAGGACCUAAAAGCUACAAAGACUGCAUAGCCUUCCAUCUUGGUCUAGGGACAUGUACAAAUGGGAGCAUCUCACCUUCACCUCUGAGACACUGGGACAUUCACAGCCAGGGAUGGCAUGGGAAUCCCUGCUGGCGGUGGGCUCAAUGAACAGAGAUGAUGGUGAAACGGGCGUCUCUCUUUAGACUGGUGGUUCUCAACCUUCCUAACGCUGAGACCCUUCAAUAGAGUUCCUCGUGUUGUGGCGACCCCCAACCAUGAAGUUAAUUUGUUGCUACAUCACAACUGUAAUUUUGCUACUGUUAUGAAUCGUAGUGUAGAUAUCUGAUACGCAGGAUGUCAGAUAUGUAAAUAUCUGGUAUGCAGGAUAUGCAAUAUGAGGGCACACCGCACAGAUUGGGAACCGCUGCCUUUGAUAUGGAGGCACCUCGCUUAGAACAUGGUUAGGAAGUAUUUAGACGCUGUCGGUGUGUCUUGGAAUUGU